GGUUGCUGUAAGGGGUCCUCCCUGCGCCACAUGGCCAUCGCCAUGGUGAAGCUGAGCAAAGAGGCCAAGCAGAGACUGCAGCAGCUCUUCAACGGGGGCCAGUUUGCCAUCCGCUGGGGCUUUAUCCCUCUUGUGAUUUACCUGGGAUUUAAGAGGGGUGCAGAUCCUGGAAUGUCUGAACCAACUGUUUUGAGCCUACUUUGAGGAUAAAGGAUUAUUUGGUCUUCUGGAUUUGGAGGCAGUCACCGGACAGCAUGGAAGAUGUGUGUUGUGGCUUGGAUAAGAGAUGGGACGUCGUUCAGUCACUAGUUGGAUGGCACAAGGCUCUUCACAGAUGAACCUGUAGCAGAGUGGAACUUGUACUAACUUAUGAUAGAAUGUAUCAGAAUAAAUGUUUUUAACAAUAUUAAAAAAAUAAAAAUAAAAUACACUUGCAGAUAAGUCACAGUGGCACGGGGUAUUUGUUGAAUGCACACUCUGUACAGGUGCCUGGAGAAGCACAACAUCAAUGACUGCCCUUGACCACUUCAGCACACUGGUGAGAGUUAAGCUUCAAGCUUAUUCCCCUGUUGAAUGAGAAGAACACCAGAGUCGUGUCUCCUGCUUCUGACCCACCUGGGCUGCACCUCUGCACUCGGUGGCGUUAAGAUGCACCACACUCAGGGGAGUCAUUAGGGAGGAAACAGCCACGUUGCCUUGAGUUUCUGAAAACCAAAUGAAUGGCAGUGCUUUCACUGACAAUGACAAUUCAGUGCAGUAAAGAUAAAAUACAAAGAGUUGGAGCUUCCAAACUCUCCCCACAGUUCUAAACUCUCCCCACAGUCUUAGUGGAAUUGCGGUGGGCCUUUGGUCUGCUGGUCCAGUUCAUAUGCUCCAAGUAGCAUGGGCAGCAGUCUGAACCCAAACCCACUUGGCUGCUGUCCUUCCCAGAAUGCCUGUUCCACAAGCCGGCCAUUUGGCUUGUUCUCCCUGCUGUGCGGUGCCAAUUAGGUGGACUGAGCUAGAAUGCAAUUGUCUCCAGGUACAGCUACUGUGAGGAGUAGCCCACUUUCCUUUUGUCCAUGAUGGGGAGAAGCUUGGAACUUGGGCCAAUGUCAAGAGCAAGAAACCAGCUUUGAGGCUUUCCUGAAGACCCACUCCUUCUGAAAAAUUGCUCCUGAUUCCCCCAGCCCAUGGUGAUAGGUCCCUGUGGAAACGCUGGAGUCCUCACUGCCUUUAUCCAUCGCUUCACGUUUGGUGUGUGUUGCCUUGUAGUGGUGGGAAUCUUUUCAUCUGGAUACUCUUCAUCUUCCCAGCAAGUUUAUGUGGCGCAUGUGCUUAGAGGAGACCCUUGUUAAUUAUUUGUCUGAUUCUGGUCUUGAGACGUAGCCGAUCUCAUGGACACCAGCAGGAUCUUACCCCAAAGAUUUAGAGAAAUAACUUUAGGGAUUUUUAGAAAAAUUGAUUUCUUAGAGCUCCCAGAGCCUUGAUGCAUUAGACAGAAUUCUUGAGCUGAAAUUGGCUGGUGAUAUUGGCCCAGAAAAUUCCUUAUUCCUUCUGCCCAGUAGAGUGUGUGUUGUCACCAACACUUGGAGCCUGUGCCUGGGGGUCUUCGUGUCUGUGGCAGGAUUCCUGGGAAUGAGUUCACAUCCUGGUGGAGCUGGAUUGAGUUUCCAAAACCAAAAUUGUCUCCAUUUCUGUGAAGAAAGUACCCCUAACUCAAAGAAUUGAUUGGACUGACAAGCCAGGCUGGAAAAUGGGGACUGAACAGUUAUCUAUGUCCUGCAAUGACUGACAGGAGGGUCUAAGGGGCUAAGGAGGCACAAAUGCCUUUAAGUGAGGCCAUGGAAAGUCAUCCUAAGCAAAAAGAACAAAGCCAGAAGCAUCACUUACCUGACUUCAGACUAUACAUAAGUCUAUAAUAACUAAAACAGCAUGGUACUGGUACAAAAACAGGCACAAAAACCAAUGGAACAGAAUAGAGAAUCCAGAAAUAAAGCCACACAUCUGUAGCUGUCUGAUCUUCCACAAAGUUAACAAAAACAAUGAGGAAAGGACUGUCGUUUAAUAAAUGGUGCUGAGAUAGCCAGCUAGCCAUAUGCAGAAGAAUGAAACUGGACUCCUACCUUUUACCAUCUUCAAAAAUUAACUCAUCAUGGACUAAAGAUUUAAAUGUAAGACCUCAAACAGUAAGAAUCCUAGAAGAAAACCUAGGAAACAUCAUUCUGGACAUCGGCCUUGGAAAAGAAUUGAUGGCUAAGUCCUCAAAAGCAGACACAACAAAAACAAAAAUUGACAAGAAAGACCUAAGUAAAGAGCUUCUGCACAGCAAAAGAAAUUAUCCACAGAGUAAACAGACAACCCACGGGAUGGGAUAAAAUAUUCGCAAACUCUGUUUCCAACAAAGGUCUAAUACUAGAAUCUAUAAGGAACUUAAACUAGCCAACAAACAAAAAAAAAGAUAAUCCAAUUACAAAGUGGGCCAAAGACAGGAAAAGACAUUUCUCAAGGAAGACAUACAAGUGGCCAGCAAACAUGAAAAAAUGCUCAACAUUGCUUAUCACCAGAAAAGUGCAAAUUAAAACCAUCAUGAGAUACCAUCUCACACCAAUCGUAGUUAUUUAUGAAGUCAAGUGCCUCAUGCCUAUAAUCCUAGCAUUUUUUGGAGGCUGAGGUGGGAGGAUCAUUUGAGGCCAAGAAUUCAAGACCAGCCUAGGAGACACAUAGCAAGACCCUGUCUCGACAGAAAGUAAAAAAAAUUAGCCAGGCAUGGUGGCAUGUUCCUAUAAUCCAGCUACUUAGGAGGCUGUGGCAGGGGAUCCCUUGAGCCCAGGAGUUUGAGGCUGAAGAGAGCUAUGAUUAUGCCACUGUGCCCCAGCCUGGGCAAUGGAGCAAGACCCUGUCUCUUUAAAAAAAUAAAAUAAAAUAAAAUAAAAGCCAGGCCAGGCAUGAUGGCUCACGCCUGUAAUCCCAGCACUUUGGAAGGCUGAGGCAGGCAGAUCACCUGAGGUCAGGAGUUCGAGACCAGCCUGGCCAACAUGGUGAAACGCUGUCUCUACUAAAAAUACAAAAUUAGCCAGGCAUGGUGGUGCGAGCCUGUACUCCCGGCUACUCCAGAGGCUGAGGCAGGAGAAUUGCUUGAACCCGGGAGGCAGAGGUUGCAGUGAGCCGAGAUUGCGCCACUGCACUCUAGCCUGGGCAACAAGGUAGAAACUCCAUCUUAAAAAAAAAAAAAAAAAAAAAAAAAUUAAAAGCUAAAAAAUAACAGAUGCUGGGGAGGCUUUGGAGAAAAGCAAAUGCUUAUACGCUGUUGGUGUGAAUGUAAGUUAGUUUGGCCACUGUGGAAAGCUGUUUGGAGAUUUCUCAAAGAACUUAAAACAGAACUACCAUUCAACCCAGCAAUUCUAUACUAGGUAUAUACCUGAAAGAAAACAAAUCAUCCUGUCAAAAAGACACAUGCGCUUGUAUGUUCAUCUCAGCACUAGUCACAAUAGCAAAGACAUGGAAUGAACCUAUGUGCCCAUUAAUGCUAGAUUGGAUAAACAAAAUGUGGUAUAUAUACACCAUGAAAUACGACACAGCCAUAAAAAAGAAUGAAAUCAUGUCUUUUGCAGCAACAUGGACGUGGCUGGAGGCCAUCAUCCUAAGCAAAUUAGCACAGGAACAGAAAAUGAAAUACCGCAUAUUAUUCUCACUUACAAGUGGGGAGCUAAACAUUGGGUAUUCAUAGACAUAAAUAUGGCAACAAUGGAUGCUGGAGACUACUAGAGGGGUCAGGGCCCAGGGUUGAAAAACGUAACUGUUGGGUACCAUGCUUAAGUACCUGGGCGACAGGAUCAGUUGUACUCUAUACCUCAGCAUCAUACAAUAUACCCAGGUAACCAACCUGCGUAUAUACCCCUGGAUCUAAAACAAAAGUAGAAAUUUUUAAAAAUUAAAUGUAAAAUAACAAAACAUAGUACUAUGUUGCAU